AUGCUUGCUGAUGAUAACAUUAACAUUGCAGAAUACUUACUGUCGAGUAGAGAAAAUAAUUAUGAUAAGUUUAAUGAAGAAAUUGAAAAUUUAAAGCAACUAUCAUGGCCAAUGGUUACCUCACACCUAAUGAUUAUUGGUGAGCUUAACGUUUCGGAUACUACAAACACAAGUUGCGAGGAUGGUUAUUACGUGUAUUAGUUUUCGAAGACCAAGACGUGCAACUUAAUCUCAGAUUGGAUGUUUGAAAAUGGCGGUUUG